AUGUGGAGACAACGAGGAAAAAUCCCAAGACACACCUUCCGACUUCCUGGUGUGCAGCAAGCAACACACACCUGUGCUGUCGGACUCCCGCCAUUCUUUUCUCGGGGAGCACAACGCACAGAGCCGCCCGUUCUCGGAGACACAGUCACGGAACCGUUUCAGUGUCUGCUCUCUUGCUUUCUCGUCCUCUCCUUGUCAACGAACCGUCUUUUCUUGCCCUUGUUUCCUUUCGUUGCCUGUGUGUGCAGAAACCUCACCGCUUUUUCCCCCUUCCCCAGUCUCUCUUCCUCUUUCUCUCCUUGUCUCUCCUCGCUCACCGCCUUGUUGCCCUCCCCCUCCCCCCCCCAGAGCUCUCUCUCUUCGGCUUCUGUCACCGUCUCCCUCGUUUCCCUGUCUUCCAGGCACGUCCGCGUCAGCCCCGUCGUUCUUCUUCUCCCGUCUGUCGCUCCUCCCUGUUCUCUGGCCUCCCGUCUCCCGCCGUCCUCUCCGUUCUUUCCUCCUCUUCUCUCUCUCGAGAUGGGGAACGCGCUGCUGCCGCUCCUCUGCUACCAUACGCGCGGCUUCUUCGCCCGCGACGGCGUGUACAGGGACGCGUCUUCUCGUUUCCCUUAUCUCUCCCUGUGUUUCACGGAGCCUGUGCUCCAGGCGUCUCUCUUUGGCCUCUCAUCGCUCGCGCUCUUUCUCCUCCACCCUCUGCUCCUCGGCACCGCGCCCCCGUUCUCGGUCUCUCGCUCCAGCUCUCUCUCUUCUCUCCCCUUCCUCUCUGAGACAGUCUCCAGCCUUCCAGCCUGCGCCUCAGCCGCCCUCGAAGCCGCCGGCCUCUUCCUCUCCUACCUCCCCGCGUAUCUCCGCGCGGCCUACGCCCCCAUCGACAGGCUCUUCUUCGCACCCGUCGCGCGCCUUCUUCUCCCGCCUCGAUUGCAGCUCUGCCCGUGUCUCGCCUUCUGCUCGCAUGCGUUCUUCCUCGUCCUCUGCCUUCUCCUAUGGUUCCUCCUCCUCCGCCGCCUGGCCGCAGGCUUUCGCCUUCCCGCAAAGCCCAGCGCUCCGACAGGUCUCUGCAGCCUCCUGAGGCGCGACAUAUGUCUUCUCCGCCCCCAGGUGUCUCCCGACGCUGUCCCCGCCGGCCGCGAGGCUGGCCAGAAGGCGUUCGCCUCGUUCCGCGAGUUUGCGGCGUUCUUCUCGACGCGCGCCAUCGUCUCCUCGGCAUUUCCGCCAGUCGCUCGACCCGUCGCGCUGCAGGCGUUCCUGCCGCUCCAAGGGAGACGAGUGAUAGUCACUGGAGGGAACGCAGGAAUCGGCAGAGAGACAGCUCGGCAGCUCGCGCUCUGGGGCGCCCAUGUCCUCAUCGGGUGCCGAGACGUGGAAGAGGGCCGUCGAGUUGCUGCAGAAAUUGAGAAAGAGGUCGCUGCUCUCUCGGCGUCUGCGUCGGAGUCUGAGUCUGCACAGCUCGGCAGAGUCUCCGUCGGGCAUCUGGAUCUUUGCGCCUUUGCCUCGGUUCGCGCGUUCGCCGCACAUGCCCUGCUGGUCUUCGAGAACUCAUUGGACAUUCUCGUGAACAACGCAGGCGUUAUGAUGAUCAACGAGUUGGCCGUCGUCGACGACUGCGGCUUCGAGAAGCAGUUCGUGACGAACCAUCUGGGGCAUUUCCUCCUCACGCUGCUGCUCCUCCCUGCGCUCAAGGCGGCGGCCAGGAGCAGCAGCUCGGCCUCCAACUCCCGACGUUUCGGCCGAGUGAUCAACGUGGCGUCUUGCGCCCACGUUUGGCAUGCGAAAAACUUCAGGAUUCUCGACGCUGCAUGCACGCCUGACGGAGCGGCCUCGGCGGCGGAGGCCCUCGGGAAGCCGCUCGAAACCUUGCAGGGAUGUCCGCCCGUCUCGCCGCUGUCCUACGACAAACGCCAGGCGUACGGGAACUCGAAGCUAGCAAACAUCUGGUUCACGAAGGAGCUCCAGCGUCGCCUGAUUGCGGAGGCGCGGAUGGACAGUCUGGGUCGCGACGACGCGGCUUCAGCAUCAGAAAACGAGGCGGCUUCAGCGGUAGGGAACGAGGCGGCUUCAGCAGGGGGGAACGAAGCGGCUUCAGCAGCGGUGGGGAACGAGGCGAGCCGCUGCGGUCUCCUGCGGAGUUCGCAGGUCGCGGACAGAUCGGAAGAGAAGGGAGAAGUGACGGCUCAGCUGCUGCCGGCAGGAACCGUUGGAGUGUAUGCGGUCCACCCUGGGAGCGUCCACACGAAGUUGAUGCGACAUAUGGUGGAAAACAGACCUCUGCAGGGACUCUUGGUCAACGCGUUGCUCGCGCAGACGGUCAUGAAGACGGCGAGAGACGGCGCAGCGACGCAGCUGCUCCUCUGUCUCGCGGACCAGUGUGUGCUGCUCCCGGGAGGCUUCUACGCCGAUGGAGGCCCGAGCUGGGUGGACCCCGCUGCGAACGACGAAGAGCGAAUGAAGGAGUUGUGGGAUGUCAGCGAAGUCCUUUGCUUCGGAGGGACUGGACGCCAGACGUAUGUGAAGUAGGCGACGGCCGGACUCAGCUCUGAGGAAAGAAAGAAGGGAGGAGGGAACACGAUAAGAAGGCAAGAGAGCAGAGCAACGGCAGAGACAGGAGGAAGAUGAACCGAAGCCGAGGCGCGGAGAGGAGAGAGAAGGAGACGAAGGCUGGGAUGCGAGAGGGAAGAAAAGGUGAAGAGGAAGAAGAGGCGCUGCAGGGAGCUCUCUGGUAGGAACAUGGCAAGAAGCGGAAAGAUGCAAGACAGACGCAGAGGGAGGUCGUGGAAACGAGGGAGACCAGAGGCUCAAGAAGCGCAGAGAUGAGGAAGAAGAAGGAGAAGGCGUGAGAAAGCGAGAAGGCGAUCAGGAGCAUCCAGAAGUCGAGCGAACGAGAGGAAGAGGGUGGAAAGAGGAGGAAAACCAAGGCGAAAGAUAUCAGGUAGAUCGAGAGGAAAGACAUACAUGGCGGUGAAGAGGGGGGGUGAAGCUGAAGAAGAGAAAAAGGUCAUGACAGAGAUGAGGAACCGUUGACAAGAAGAGCGAGGGCGACCAAGAAGGGAGGUCCCUGGACGAUGUUCUUCGCUCAGAGGCGCCAAUGGAGGUUCGCAUUUCAGUCAAACAGAAGUCUUAGAGAGAAAUGUCCUUCGUCGUUCCCUCUCUGAGUUGCCUUGAAGGCCCUUCCGAGACUGCGGGAAGGACCGUCCAAAAAAGAGAAUUACCGCAACUUGCAUGCAAACGCGAAAAACAGAGCGAGAGGUGCUGUCCAUUUGUUUCCUGCCAUGUUGCUGAUACAGAGAGACUCAGAAUGUCACGCGACUGCCAACGGCCAAAGUGUAAAUUGUUCUCUCUUUUUCCCCGGCGUGUAUUACGACGGACAUCCUGAGAAUGCAGUUCUCUCGCUCUUUUCGUCGCUCCCUUCUUCUCUCUCUCUGAUGGUCGUCUUUCUUCAUGUCGGUUCUAUUUGGUGUGAGAGUCGCUUUCCCUCGUGGUAAGCGUCCGAAAGCGUUGCCUCCCCUCAAUGCAGCAGUGGCUUCUGCCGCAUGUGCCGUGUGUCGACAGUUUCAUCUGUUUCGCGAAUUCGUUUCGAUUUGUCAGACUCCUGUUUUUGUGACAUUUCAGUCCAAAACAGCUUUUUAUCGUCUCUGUCUUGUCGUUUCGGCGAACGCCGCUCCUCGUGGGCAGGAAACGGUUGCCCCGUCUCACAGGAAACGGUUGCCCUGUCUCAGGCGUAUGUACACACUCCGGAGGUGUGCUGUGUCAAAGAAAGUCGAAAUGUCUUGACGUCUCCGACUUCGCUGUCUUGCUUCUCUGAUUUUUUCUGCCUCUGCAUGCUUCGUUCUGGGCCGAGUGCUCGGGAGGCGUGACUCUGUUGCGGCCUGCCAGUUUUUUUCAGGACACAAACAGUCUUCCUGUCUCUGCCUGUAUCGGGCUGUCUCUCCCGCCUCCGAGUCAAUGAAUUGAAGAAGACGCCUCUCCCGAUCGAAGCCUCAUUUCGAUCACGAAGCAGUUUCUGUCUCGAGCAAAACGCCGAGAUACUUGCGACGGCUCGGCCAUGCACAGAAAGCAAAAUUAAAAAAAAAGUGACUUUGCCAUUCGGGAGGCGUCUGCGACGAAGCUUCCGGCCCGUGUCGCCUAAACAAAUGGCUUGUCCGAAUGUCUCACUCUCGUUCGAUUUAUCUUCUUGUCGGCCUCUUUGUCUCCUCUCUUUUCGUUCUCUCUUCCUUUCUCCGUGUAGCGCUCCUCUUUCUGUCUCGUUUUCCUUUUCGUGGUGGCUCGAUCUCUUCCUUCUCUCCCAGUUCUCUCUUUAUUCGGAGAAAAAAAAGUCUCGAGUAUCUCGCCGUGAGUCUCGUCCCUCGUUUUGUUUCUUUCUCGCGUUUCUUUUCUAUCGUUGGCUUCGUGGAAGCCUGCGGUCUCGAGGAUGGCCCGACCCCCCGCCUUCGACGGCGAGUGAAGCCAAGGCUGGAGAGAACGCGAAAACGAAGCAUGUUGUGUCACGAGUGAAUCAGAGUGCCUGUGCAGCAGGCACUGCAGAGCGAAUCGCUUCUUUUCUGUGAGGAGCCUCGGCGCUUCUGGUCGGAACAGAUGACCGUGCGUCAUCUCGGAAAGAGGAUUCUAGCGAAUGGAACUCGCAGUGCAGACGGGAGCGAACAAGCUACGUUUGACUUAAAAGUCCA